AUGAUGUUACCGAGCCCCGUCACCUCCACCCCCUUCUCUGUCAAAGACAUCCUCAACCUGGAGCAGCAGCAGCAGGACCCGCACUAUGGGGCCCAGCUCCCGCACCACCUGGAGCACCACUUCCACCCCGCCGCCUGCCUGCUGGCGGCCGCCGACGGCGCCCGCUUCUCCGACGGCGAGGAGGAAGAGGAGGAGGACAAGCUGUCCUACCUGACAGCGCCCGGCGGCCAGGCGGACGCGCGGAUCUCCACCGACAGCUACGUGCACGCCGUGCUGCGCGGCUCCUGCGAGGCCCCCGGCCCGGGAGAGGAGCUGGACCCCGCGGCCCGCGACCCGAAGAGCUGCGCCCUGAAGAAGCCGCUGGACGCGGCGGAGAAGCCGGACGAGGCGGAGAGGCCGAAGCAGCGGAGCCGGAGGAAGCCGCGCGUCCUCUUCUCGCAGGCGCAGGUCUUCGAGCUGGAGCGGCGCUUCAAGCAGCAGCGUUACCUGUCGGCGCCCGAGCGGGAGCACCUGGCCAGCAGCCUCAAGCUCACCUCCACGCAGGUGAAGAUCUGGUUCCAGAACCGGCGCUACAAGUGCAAGCGGCAGCGGCAGGACAAGUCGCUGGAGCUGGGCGGCCCCGCGGCCCCGCCGCCGCCGCGCAGGGUGGCCGUGCCCGUGCUGGUCCGCGACGGCAAGCCGUGCCUCGGCGGCUCGCAGGGCUACAGCUCGGCGUACAACGGGCCCUACUCCUACAACGGCUUCCCCGCCUACGGCUACGGCAACGCCGCCUCCUACAACCCCGGCUACGGCUGCACCUACCCGGCGGGCACCGGCGGCGCCUCCGUGCAGGCCGCCUGCAGCCCGGCGGCGGCCGCCGGCCCCUUCGUGAACGUGGGCGGCCUGGGGGGCUUCGGCGGCGGCGGCCAGCCCCUGCACCAGGCGGCGGCGGGGCCGUCCUGCAGCCAGGGCGCACUGCAGGGCAUCCGGGCCUGGUAG